GGGAGCUUGAUGUUGAUAAAGUAAAGCGCCGGCGCGCGGGCGAAGCAUGUGCGGGGCUCCGGGUCCCUGUCUCCGCCGUCGCCGCCCGCACCUCCCGCCGCCGCCGCCAACGGCCCGCCCCGGCCCCGGCCCGCGCCCCCGCGUCCCGCCGGCCCCCCGCGCGCGAUGAUGGACGGCCGCCUCCUGGAGCACCCGCACGCCCAGUUCGGGGGCUCGCUGGGCGGCGUGGUGGGCUUCCCCUACCCGCUGGGCCACCACCACGUGUACGAGCUGGCCGGGCACCAGCUGCAGUCGGCCGCCGCCGUGCCCUUCUCCAUCGACGGGCUGCUCAGCGGCUCGUGCGCCGCGGCCGCCGCCUCGGUGGUCAACCCCACGCCGCUGCUGCCGGCCGCCUGCGGGGUCGGCGGCGACAGCCAGCCCUUCAAGCUGUCAGACUCGGGGGACCCGGACAAGGAGAGCCCGGGCUGCAAGCGGCGGCGCACCCGCACCAACUUCACGGGCUGGCAGCUGGAGGAGCUGGAGAAGGCGUUCAACGAGAGCCACUACCCGGACGUUUUCAUGCGGGAGGCGCUGGCGCUGCGCCUGGACUUGGUCGAGUCCCGCGUGCAGGUCUGGUUCCAAAACCGCCGCGCCAAGUGGAGAAAGAAGGAGAACACCAAGAAGGGCCCGGGCAGGCCGGCGCACAACUCGCACCCGACCACGUGCAGCGGCGAGCCCAUGGACCCCGAGGAGAUCGCGCGCAAAGAGCUGGAGAGGAUGGAGAAGAAGCAACGCAAGCGCGAGAAGAAGCUGCUCAAGAGCCAGGGCCGCCAGCUGCACUCGCCCGGCGGCCUCUCCCUGCACAGCGCGCCCAGCUCCGACAGCGACAGCGGCGGCGGCGGCCUGUCCCCGGAGCCGCCCGAGCCGCCGCCGCCACCGCCGCCGGCCGCGGCCAAGGGCCCCGGCGCUCACGCAGCGGGCGCCCCGGGCUCGGCGCGCGCGCCUCCCGCGGAGCCCCCGGCGCCCGGCAACUGCGACCCCGCCUUCUGCCCGAGCCAAAGACGCAGCGCCGGCCCGCAGCCGCGGCUGGGCCGCCCCGCCGAGCAGGACGCGGCCGCGGCCUCGUGCGCGCCCGGAGCGGCGGCGGCGGAGCGCGGCGCGGCGGGCCCGGCCAAGGCCAGCCCGUUCAGCGUGGAGAGCCUGCUGUCAGACUCGCCGCCGCGCCGGAAAGCCGCCGCGGCCACGGCCGGGCUGGACUUCGCGCCGGGGCUGCCGUGCGCGCCGCGGACCCUCAUCGGGAAGGGCCACUUCCUGCUCUACCCGAUCACGCAGCCUCUCGGCUUCCUGGUGCCGCAGGCCGCGCUGAAGGGCGGCGCGGGCCCGGAGCCCGCACCCAAGGACGCGCCGCCCGCGCCGGCCAGCUUCGGGGCCUUGGCGGGGCCCGGCGGCGCUCCGGACUCGGCCUUCGCGCGCCGCAGCCCCGACGCCGUCGCCUCCCCGGGGGCCCAGGCCGCUCCGGCGCCGUUCCGGGACCUCGCCCCGGCCGCGACCGCCGAGGGCGCCGGCGGGGACGGCGCGGACGCGGGCAGCACGUGCCCCGCGGCCCCGCCGUCCCCGCCGCCGUUCGCGCCGUCGCCCGGGCCCGGGGCGCCCAGCCUCGCCGCGGAGCCGGCCGCCUGCGCGCCCCUGGAGCCGGGCGCGGCGGCCGGUGCCAGCCCGCCGGAGGGCGAGGACGUGGACAUGGACUGA